CCCCGGGCCCAGGAUCCGCGAGCAUGGCCGCCUUCUUCGUGGAGCUGAGCACCAAGGCGAGGAUGCCUCUCCUCGGGCUCGGCACUUGGCAGGCUCCUCCAGGAAAGGUAAAAGAUGCAGUGAAGUGUGCCAUCGACCUUGGAUACCGGCACUUUGACUGUGCCCGCUUUUACAGGAAUGAGGAUGAGAUUGGGAACGCCAUCCAGGAGAAAAUCAGGGAAGGAGCUGUGAAACGGGAAGAUCUCUUUGUUGUCAGCAAGUUGUGGUGCACUUGCCAUGCGAAACCCCUGGUGAAGAAGUCGUUCCUGGCUUCUCUGGCCGACCUAAAAUUGGACUACUUGGACCUCUACCUGAUACACUUUCCCAUGGGAUUCAAGGCUGGAGAGGAAUUCAAACCUUGUGAUGAGAAGGGCAUGGUCGUCCCAAGCAACACGGAUUUUCUGGACACCUGGGAGGCAAUGGAGGAACUGGUGGACCUCGGGCUGGUGAAAGCCAUCGGCAUCUCCAACUUCAACCAUGCUCAGAUUGAGCGGCUUUUGAACAAGCCUGGGCUGAAGCACAAACCCGUGAACCACCAGAUUGAGUGCCACCCAUAUCUCACCCAGGAGAAGCUGAUCCCCUACUGCCAGUCCAGAGGGAUUUCGGUGACUGCGUACCGGCCUUUUGGCGCUCAUUCUCUCAAGCCAGGGGAUCCCGUCCUUUUGGAGGACCCCAAAAUUAAAGAGAUAGCUGCAAGGCAUCACAGAAGCACAGCUCAGGUUCUGCUCAGGUUUCAUAUCCAGAGGAACGUGGCUGUCAUUCCCAAAUCAGACAAGCCUCACCACCUGGAGGAGAAUUUCAAGGUCUUCGACUUUGAACUGACUAAAGAGGAGAUGGCAACCCUCCUAGGCUUGAACAAAAACUGGAGAGAUUGUGCUAUGCAUGAUGCUGUCAAUCACAAGGACUACCCAUUCCAUGCCGAGUACUAGAGCCGCUGCUGCUUCGGAAUCUCAGGCUACAGGAAUGCCUGCGCCUCCUGCAUUGUGACACCUUAAGUCUCAUUUUCCCUUUCCAAAGAUGG